GUGACCUUGGUUGGGUAAUCGUCAUGGCGGCCAUCGUCAGGAUAAGUUCAGUCUGCCACAGAGGUGUCAAACUUUUGUUUUAUCGCAGCUCUCUGCUCGCACGACCCUUGGUCACACAGCAAAAGGACCAAGACCGGUCCUACCUGUUGACGGCUAGGAUUCAUGGAUCCUCAUCUCUCCGUGCCGGCUCGGUGUCCAAAGCUGCCUCUCUGCAUUGGACAGGAGAGCGUGUGGUGAGCGUACUGCUGCUGGCCUUGGGGCCUGCUGCCUACUACUUCCCCGGACCUGCUGUUGACUACUCACUGGCUGCUGCCCUCACCCUGCAUGGCCACUGGGGGAUUGGACAAGUCUUAACGGACUAUGUUCAUGGAGAACCGAAGAUCAAGAUGGCCAACGCAGGCCUCUUCCUGUUGUCGACUGUCACCUUUGCCGGUCUCUGCUAUUUCAACUACAAUGAUGUAGGCAUUUGUAAAGCGGUGGCCCUAUUAUGGAGCAAAUGAAUGGACUGAGGUUUGGGAUGGGGGGGCGUGGGCACUGGGACAUCGGCCAUCUUGUUCUGGUAUGAUUGUAAACAUUCAAGGGAUUAUGUACAUUUCUAUAAAUAUAUAAUUUCACAAGUGUUGUAAUUCAUGUUGAGGUUUGUGUUGUGCUUCAACAGGCCUGUUAAUGAUCUGCUCCGAACUAAACUAAAUAUAAGUUGUCCUUCUGACCCCAAUCAAACAUGCGCACACAGUGUAUGCUGCCGUUUAGUGAAAUGUUAUACGGUUAACUACCUGAGGCCUGUUAGAGGGUGCAAUUUUACAGAACGCUUUGAUAGAAAUGCAUUUUGUAGAUAGAAUAGGGAAUUGUUAGGUUUAUUCAAUGAAUUUCUAGCUUCCUCUCACUGAGUUCACUCCUGUUAUCAAACUGCUAUAUUCCAAAUACUUUGUGUAAUGCUUAUGAGGAAGUAUCCAGUGAUUUACAUAUGUUCUUAAUUUCAGAUCUACUAUGGCAAAUGAUUUAAUCUCUUCUGUAAUAAAUUAAUUUAGUACAGAAGAGAUUAUGUAGACAUUGCAUUCUUAUUUGUGGUAUGUUUUGUGUCCGUCACCAAUCUGUAAAUACCAGCUAGUGCCCUUCAAGACCAUUGCAGUCAGCUUAGUGCCACACACUUAGUCUGUUUGACCUUGCAGUCUGAUUUGAUUGACAAGAGCAAAUGGGUGUGACCACUAGCAGUAUUUUAAACCCCAUAGCCAUACUGUUCUGAACUUUAUGGGUCUGUUCAGAAAGGGUGUGAUGUUAGAAAACGUUCAGAUAGAUAUGCAUUUUGUAGAACGUUUGUCAUGCAGAAUUGGGCAUUACCACAGCGUUCUAAACAUUUCACCUCACUGAGCACAUCCCAGGUUGAGCAUGUAGAAAAGUAGGCAUACUGAUCUGUACACCAUUGCGCUUCCACUUGUACCAACCCUGUUUGUUGUCAGUCAAAUGACAAUAUCCUGGUUUAUGUGCAUAAUUUACUUACACAGCUGUGCCUGGCAUCACUCUUGCUUAGUGUAUAAAUGUUAUGUUGGCAGGAAUUAAAUGUUCCAUUUAUCUGAUCAUUCGUAUGUAUGAACAGUUGCUAAGCGUCAACAAGUCAAGUACGACGUUAAGUCAUGAGUGCAUAUGCACUUGGUCAAAAUGGCAUCCUUUUAUUUUGUACUGUUGGGAGUGUCGGCUGAAACGCAUAGAAGUUGUCCUGGUUAAACAGCCAAUAAACAUGAAGGUCUUGGUCCUACUACUACGCAUGUCUGAAAGCUUAAAUGGCUUUGGAAAAUCAACUGUUUUGUCUUUCUAUUAGGUCUCGAUUUAUACAUGUCACCAAUCCGUUUGGUCAGAUUGUUAUGCACAAAUUGGCUUUGGGAAGAAUGCACCUUAAACCUCUUCAGAAUAAAUGGAUAUUAUGGAUUGUGUUUGACAAGAUUGCAGAAGACUGUGUUGGGUGGAUGGUGAACUACACACAUGUAGAACGUGUUCUUUCUGUGAAGAAGUAUUCUGAUGAAUUAUUAACAUUUAUUAUUAGUAAUUUGAACGACGUGUACACCGACUUAAAGUACUGCAGAUAUUAGUGUAAUCAUUAAACUAAGCAAUCAUAAGCUGUUUAUACUCAUUUAUAAUGGGUAUUUAGGCAUUAACACACAUGGUCCCUCAUUGUAAAAAUAACUUUCUAUGCACUGCUGAUGAGUUCAGUUGCUUAAUUAACAAAAGUACCAUAAACUGUCAUAUUCCAGGAUUUUGUAAAUCCAUACAGGCACCUCCCUGAGGACUGAGUGUUUAACUUCAUGAGCUCUGCAUCUGGUCCAGCCUCAAAGCUCAAGUAGCACGGACCCGACCUGACUGAAAUCUGCGGUUAGUUGUACCAAGAAUUAGUUCCAUGAAGAGCACAGCCUCAUGUGAACAGCCAAAGAUUGCUCCUGGAGGAAAAUAGGGAAGGUUUUUUUUUGGUUACCUUUGUCUUGUCAGUGUGAAGUGUGUUUGUGCAAAUAGCUGGUAUGAAGGUACCGUAAUUAUCACACCUGGGUCGUGUUCAAUUGGGAGAAACUGUGAAAUGGUCUUGUCUCAUAAGGGAAACACAGAUGUUUUUUCUUGAACUGCUGAACCCAACUCAGUUGUCAACCCAAAGGCUAAAGAAACUUUUCAGUGUUGUGUUUGUUGCUUUGUGGGAAGUUCAGCUGGACAAUAAAGCCAUACAUUACAUGUAA